AUGUUGCGCAGGACUGUGCGACUCCGGAAGGAGUACCUCUUCCGGAAAGCGACUGAGGAGAAGGCGCGAGUGCUUGCAGACAGGAAAAAACGGCUGAAGGAGGCGCUGGAGAGCGGAAAACCCGUCCCCACCGAUUUGCGUGGAGAGGCGGGUCAGAAACUCCUUCCCACUCUCGACCUCGAGGAUGUAAACACGGCCCAGACGACCUCCCAUAUCGACGACGAGUACGCCUACGCAGGCGUUGAAGACCCGAAAGUUGUGUUGACGACAUCGAGAAAUCCUUCGAGUCGCCUCCAGCAGUUCGUGAAGGAGCUGCGCUUGCUGAUUCCAAACAGUCAAAGGAUAAACCGGGGUGGCUACGUGGUGAAUGACCUAGUCGAACUCUGUCGCAGCAACAGCGUGACCGACUUGAUCAUCAUCCACGAACACAGAGGCCAGCCCGACGCCAUGGUCGUGUGCCACCUUCCUCACGGGCCGGCAGCUCACUUCAACCUCUCCGGAGUUGCUCUUCGCCACGAUCUGCCGGAAAAGCCGGCAAAUAUGUCGGAAGCUGCGCCACAUUUGGUUUUCCACAACUUCACGUCCCGCGUAGACGAAGAAAACUCAGCAGAGAAGAGAGGCCGUCUGGAGCUAGUGGAGGUCGGCCCUCGUUUCACAUUGAAGCCCUACCGGAUUGACUUGGGGACAGCUGAAAUGAAGGACGUGGAAACGGAGUGGGCAGUUCGGCCUUUCUUCAACAAACCGAAAGCGGCGUUAACUGAGUGA